AACUGUGAGCAGCCAUGAGAUCAGACGAGAUCAGAUGAGAGGAACAUCACAGAAACAUUCUGAUGGACAAAGAUUUCUCAUGUGAAGAUUCAGUUCAGUGUAAAAUCAGAAGAGAUGAAGCUCGACCCAUGUGUUCUGUACCACCACACCCUCAGCUCACAGACUCUCCGCUCUUACUACGGGAAUGUGCUGAUCAUGAUGAAGAAGAUGAAGGCAACAGUAUGACACGACCAGACACUUUCAUUUCUCUGGACGCUGAGAGUCACGUCUCUGGCAGGAGAAGAAUAGCAGCUCUCGUCAGAUCCAAGACUUUAGAUCCUUCACUACUUCUGCAGGUCCAGAGUGACUCUGAAUUAAAGUGUGAACGCAGAAAACCGCAGUCGUAUCAGUUUCUGCGCACUAAUUCCCAGUACCACAAAGUCUUCAAAGACAUCAGAGACGAUGAAGAACUGCGACAGAGUUACACGUGUGCUUUACAGAAAGAUAUUCUGUACCAGGGAAGACUGUUUGUGUCUCAGAACUGGAUUUGUUUCCAUUCAAAGGUCUUUGGAGACACAAAGAUUGCGAUUCCUGUAACUUCUGCGACGGUCAUCAAGAAAACAAAUACGGCCAUCUUAGUGCCAAACGCACUCAUCAUAUCAACAGCAGACGAGCGACACGUGUUUGUGUCCUUUCUGUCUCGCGACACCACAUUCAAGGUUCUGAUGUCGGUUUGUCCUCAUCUGGUUGAGAAGAGUCCGGGCUUCUGUCAGAUUCCAGCACAGAAUCUGAGGCGUCACCCCGUCACGGACUUCUCAGCGGAUCUCUCAGACCUGGACGCUCCGGUCAGACAGACACAUCAUCACACGGACGACAGCAGCGCUUCAGACUCACCGGAGUUUGACAAAAGUCCACAAUUCCCCAAACUGUCGCAAACGUCUAAACGCAAAGAUGAUCUGGAUUCUCAGCCCCAGCGAAGCGAUGGAAAUCUGACGUGUAAAGGAUCAGCGGAGGUCACAAAGACACCCGGAGCGCUUUCAUUCUCAUUUAACACACUUGUGUUGGUCUAUCUCUCUCUGGUUUGUGUUCUGCUUUUAUCAUCAUGUUACAUGGCCUUUAAGAUUGUGUCUCUAGAAGAGCGGCUCACCUCGCUGGUCUCCACCGACUUUCCUCAUGAAAGAGGUGAAUAUGUGGGGGAUGCAGAAGAGAUUUACUCUGUGAUUUCUGCGAGUCUUCUGAAGUUGGAGAAGAUCCACAGAAACCUGCAGAAGCUCCUGGAGACUCUGUCUGAUGCGUGACAUUCAGAUGUUCGUCGUGGAGGAGAAUCUGUGAAACGGCCGGGCUCGAUGUAAAUGUGAAUGUGUUGCUUCAUUGACCGUGAAAAAGGUACACAUGAGCAUCACAACUACAUGUCUGUGGAGUUCUCCCCCAUGACUACACUGAACACAUGUAGCUGAAUGUAAUCAGAUCUGUAAAUAAUAUGAAUGUGUUGUAAUGUCAUACUGUAGAUGCGCCGUAGGUUUUCAUGUCUAGAUGUGUUUUCACGUGAUGUGAGCUCAUAUAUGACGAAGUGCUCAUGAAUGUGGACUGAUCUGAUGCUGGAGCGUGUGAUUCCUGUCAAUGAUCUUUGGAACAAUCUUCAAACCAUCUCAAUGAAACAAUGCAGUAUAAAUGCAGUAUGAGGGGCAGAUGAACACUUACGUUUAAUUGCCAUGUUAAAAAAAUAAAGGCAAUAUUUUGUUAA